UACACCUUAGUUAGCCUCUAUUCCCAAAGCAUCCUCGUUAGCUACACGAUCUCUCUCUCUCUCUCUCUCUCUCUCUCUCUCUCUCUCUCUCUCUCUCUCUCUCUCUCUCUCUCUCUUUCUCUCUGUCUCUCUCUCUCUGUCUCUCUCUCUCUCUCUCUGCGACUUUCCGUGCUUCCUUUUUAACCCAGCGUUAUACAACACAGCUGUACAAAUUAUUUUGUUGCGCACAGCUUCAGCUAAGGUCUACUACCAAAUUGGUCUCCUAACAAAUUGAAAUUCAGGGCUACUACCAAAUUGUGGUCAGGUCUACUAGCAAAUUGUCUGUAGCCUACCAAGUUAGCAAUCUAACGUGUGAUUAGAGAAUAUCGCAUCUGUAUUUAAGCAAUGGAUUCACCAAUGUGCCUCAUCGACAACGUGGAUGGUGUGCUUCGACAUGUCCCAGAUGCCAUCGACCACCUUAUGAAGAUCCGUCAGCCCGUCGUCGUAGUGUCGGUGGUCGGGUUGUACCGCACCGGCAAGUCUUACCUCAUGAACAAGCUGGCUGGCAGGAACGACGGAUUUGCUUUGGGAGCCACCAUACAGUCCAAGACUAAGGGCAUCUGGAUGUGGUGUGUGCCUCAUCCUAAACAAGCUGACCAAACUCUGGUGCUGCUGGACACAGAGGGACUAGGGGACGUAGAGAAGGGAGAUUCCAAGAACGAUGCCUGGAUUUUCUCCCUGGCUGUUCUGCUCAGCAGCACUCUGGUCUAUAACAGUCGAGGGACCAUAGACAACCAGGCUGUGGAGAACCUCCAUUAUGUGAAGGAGCUGUCAGAGAGAAUCAAGGUUAAGUCCCCCAGCGAUGCUUCAUCCAGUGAGGAGGGGGAAGAGGAGGGGGGGGACGCCCAGUUUGUCCAGUUCUUUCCUAACUUUGUCUGGGCAGUCAGAGAUUUUACUCUGAACCUCAACAUUGAUGGUAAAGACGUGACUGCAGACGGGUAUCUGGAGCACUCUCUGGAACUCAAGAAAGGUACGGCCACAAAUACAAAGAUCAUGAACUACAACCUCCCUACAGAGAACUGAGCAUGAUUAUAUUCC